UUCUCUUAUUUAUUUAAUAAUAAUAAAAGCAAGUUUAAAACUGCCUCCGUUAUCUCUUCAAUUGGAAUUUACUUAAGCCAGUGCCCGGAGUUCCAAGCAAGAAAAGCAGCUCGAUGACACUUGUGAAAGGGCACAUGGCAGCCGAUUCAACUAAUAACAGCGUGGACUUUGACUAGCUAUUAUAUGAAUCCAGUUCAUACCCAAUAAGAAGAAGCCAUCGCUGUUGAGCCGAUCAUGUGCCGUUUCUCCGCAUUGUAAAGCGGCGAGAAUGAUUAAUACGUCAUCAAAGUCUUUAACAGAUAUAUAAUUUUUAUUUAUAAAGUCAAAUGGUACAAAUUUACGUGAUGAUCGAUGGGGCUUGAUCAUAUACAUUUUCCUUUUCAGCACAUCAUAUAGGUUUAGUCUGUGAUCCUGCUUGGACUGGAAACCAAGUUUUUCAACUCCAUUGAGCUGUAUAAAGCUUCUAUCGGUGCCAAUAUUUUUACAUGGACAAAUCAGGCGCACCACUCCAUCCUGCCUGCCUCCUCUAUAAAUCAGAACUUUUUCACGACGACUUUUGCCAUCAACCAAACAACCAGAAACAUGAAGAUCGUGCCAGUUUUUCUGUGUUUCCUCCUCUUCUUGACCUUCUUCUUAUCUUCUCUGUCAGAACACUGCAACCCUCAAGACAAGAAGGUCCUACUGCAAAUCAAAAAAGCCCUAAACAACCCUUACCUCUUGGCCUCGUGGGACCCAAAAACUGAUUGCUGUGAUUGGUAUUGUCUUGAAUGUGAUCUCAACACCCACCGUGUGAUAGCCCUCACCAUGUUCUCCGAUGACCGUCUCACAGGCCAAAUCCCAGCUGAAGUUGGUGACCUUCCAUACCUUGAAACUCUUAUAUUCAGACACCUGCCUAACCUCAAUGGCACCAUACAGCCUUCCAUUGUCAAUCUCAAGAACCUCAAGAUGCUUCGCUUGAGCUGGACAAACCUGUCUGGUUCAGUACCAGACUUUCUUAGCCAACUUAAGAAUUUGACUGACUUGGACCUUUCAUUUAAUAACCUGUCAGGCUCUAUUCCAAGCUCACUCUCUUCACUUCCAAAUCUUGAUGCUUUGCAUUUGGAUAGAAACAGGUUGUCAGGUUCAAUACCAGAAUCUUUUGGUAUGUUUCAUGGCAAAGUACCAGAUUUGUUCUUAUCUCAUAAUAAACUUUCUGGUACAAUUCCGGCCUCUUUAGGCAACAUGGACUUCAACACCAUUGACUUGUCGAGGAAUAUGCUUGAAGGUGAUGCCUCGAUGUUAUUUGGAUCGAACAAAACGACAUGGGAAAUUGAUCUUUCAAGGAAUAUGUUCCAGUUUAAUCUGUCUAAAGUUGAGUUUCCCAAGAGUUUGGCAAGGCUGGAUCUGAAUCAUAACAAGAUUAUGGGAAGUAUUCCUGCAGGGUUGACUGGAGUGGAUUUACAGUUCUUGAAUGUGAGUUACAAUAGGUUGUGCGGGCGGAUCCCAGUAGGAGGGCGGUUACAGAGCUUCGAUUACUCCACGUAUUUUCACAACCGUUGCCUGUGCGGUGCUCCACUAGAAGCCUGCAAGUAAGGGUGCAACACCAAGGCUUUUCGGCAAACGGAUUUGCCAGGGAAGGGAACCAA